AUGAACCCCCGGCAAGCCUAUGCGCCGACGCCGCAUAGCUACAUCCCGAAUACCACCCUCUCUGCCACAAUCAACCUCGAUGAGGAAGUCAAGCUGACCGAGACACGCGCCGAGCGCGACCUUCAAGACUCCCUCGCCGAGAUCUUCAGCAUCAUCGUCACCCUCGACGAGCUCGAAAAGGCCUUCCUCAAAGAUGCCGUCCCCGAGGCCGACUACACGGAGAUUUGCGAACGCUCGCUGAAGCAGUACAAGUCCAUCCUGACCGACGAGACGGUCGCCACUGCUUUCGUCGGGCUCGAAGAAUUCAAGGCCGAGUGGGAUCUCGAAGUCCCCCGCGCAACAGAGCGCAUUCGUGUCGGCAUGCCCUCGACGACCGUGACCGCCUCCUCUGGCUCGGCACCCGCGCAGGCCCCGGCGCCCGGCAACACGACGAGCGGCGCCCUCAUUCUCGAGGCGACGCAGGAGUUCAUCACCUUCCUCGAUGCCGUCAAGCUCGGCCUGUUGAGCAAGGACCAGCUCCACCCGCUGCUCUCCGACGUCAUCCAGUCCGUCAACAAGGUCACCGACCGCGACUUUGACAACCGCGGCAAGAUUGUCCAGUGGCUCAUCACGCUGAAUCAGAUGAAGGCCACCGACGAGCUGAGCGACGCGCAGGCGCGCGAGAUUGAGAUGGAUAUUCAGCAGGCGUACCAGGGCUUCAAGAGCACCCUGACAUAG